AGGAGCUGAGGCAGGUACAGGUGUUUACGAAUGUGGGGGGAGACGGGCGGGGGUGACGGCGAGAGGAGCAGCCUGAGGGAGGUGAAAGGAGGACAGACGCGCGCGCGCCACGAGGAGCAGCAGCAGCAGGAGGAGAGGGGAGCAUGGCGGACAGGGUGGCAUCGUGCGGGAGUCUGUGUGACAGCACCAACCUGCUGCUGCAGUACUGCAACAACGAUGACACGGUGUCGGCCAGCAGUAACAUGGACAUGGAGGACCGCGUUUCCCACCUGGAGCAGAGGCUGCAGCUGCAGGAGGACGAGAUCCAGCUGCUGAAGGCCGCUCUGGCCGACGCUCUGCGGCGCCUGGGCUGCUGUGAGGAGCAGAGCCACGCCGGUCAGCCGGGAGGCGCUCAUGCUGGGAGGAGGCCAAUGACCGCCGCAGCUCCACCCACCAAAGUGCGUCAGCUCCUGCAGUCUCUGCCCUCCAGGCCGCUGAGCAACGGAUACGUUCAGCACAAACGCCUCCUUUCUUCCCCGAGCUCCCCGAAGAAGGAGGUGCUGCAGUCCAUGAAGAGGAAGAGCAUGUCGACGGAGCGCCUCACGCUGGUCAGGAGAGAGAUGGCAGCGGAGAACCGCAGUCGAACCACGUCCUCCAGCAGCUCGUCUGGAAGCAAGAGUAAAUCCAAAGACUACAGCUUCAAUGCAGAGGAUGGCUUCGUGAGGAUGUUCCUGCGUGGUCGACCCGUCACCAUGCACAUCUCCGACCAGCAGAAGAGCAGUUACAGCCUGGACCAGAAGGGGGCGCUGCCGGACCAGAAGCUCAAGCUGCAGUGGGUGUACGGCUACCGCGGCCGCGACUGCCGCUCCAACCUGUACCUGCUGCCCACUGGCGAGAUCGUGUACUUCAUCGCCUCGGUGGUGGUCCUGUACAACACCGAGGAGCAACAGCAGAGACACUACCUCGGCCACACGGACGACGUCAAAUGCUUGAGCGUGCAUCCUGACAUGGUUACCAUAGCAACCGGCCAAGUGGCGGGAAACUCUAAAGAAGGAAAGCUCCUCGCUCCUCACGUCCGCAUCUGGGACUCCGUCAGCCUCAACACCAUCCAUGUGAUCGGGAUGGGCGUGUUCGACAGAGCGGUGACCUGCGUGUCCUUCUCCAAGUCGAACGGCGGGGCCUUCCUCUGCGCCGUGGAUGAUGCCAACGAUCACAUCCUGUCCGUGUGGGACUGGCAGAAGGAGAAGAACCUGGCGGAAGUGAAGUGCUCCAACGACUCUGUGCUGGGCGCCGUCUUUCAUCCGAUGGACAACAACCUGAUCGUCACCUGUGGAAAAUCUCACAUCAACUUCUGGACCAUGGAGGGAAAAACUCUCAGCAAGCGACAGGGCCUGUUCGAGAAACACGACAAACCGAAGUACGUGUUGUGUGUGGCGUUUGCUGAGAACGGAGACACCAUCACAGGAGACUCCAGUGGGAACAUCUACGUCUGGGCUAAAGGUGGAAACCGCAUCACCCACGCGGUGUCCGGCGCCCACGAAGGCGGCAUCUUCUCCAUCUGCGUGCUGAAGGACGGCACCAUGGUGUCCGGCGGAGGAAAGGACCGCAGGGUGGUGCUGUGGGACCACGACUACAGAAAGAAGGCGGAGAUGGAGGUGAGCGACUCCCUCGGUCCGGUGCGAGCUCUGGCUGAAGGAAAACCGGAAGAGCUUUUUGUUGGAACCACCAAGAACGCCAUCAUCCGCGCGGCGUUCCCAGACACUCUAACCCCCAUUGUGCAGGGACACACAGAUGAGCUGUGGGGUCUGGACGCCCAUCCUUCCAUGGAGCAGUUUGUGACCUGUGCGCAGGACAAACUGGUCCAACUCUGGGACUCAAACUCCCAUCAGCCCCUUUGGAGCAAAAGCAUCGAGGACCAGGCCAGGUCCGUGGGGUUUCACCCGAGUGGAGCAGUUCUGGCUGUUGGAACCAUGACUGGAAGGUGGUUGGUGCUGGACACCGACACUCGGGAUCUGGUUUCUGUUCACACCGAUGGAAAUGAGAUGAUCUCCACCAUCAAAUACUCUCCAGAUGGAAACUUCCUGGCCGUUGCUUCCCAUGACAACUUCGUUUACAUGUACGCCGUGAGCGAGGGCGGGAGGAAGUACAGCCGCGUGGGCAAAUGCUCCGGUCACUCCAGCUUCGUCACCCAUCUGGACUGGUCCACAGACGGGCAAUACAUUGUCACAAACUCAGGAGAUUACGAGAUCCUGUUCUGGGAGGCUUCCAACGGAAAACAUGUCACCAACAUGGACACGGUGCGCAACCUGGAGUGGGCCUCCUCCACCUGUACGCUGAGCUUCAACACCCUCGGAAUUUGGCCGGAAUCAGCCGACGGCACGGACAUCAACGCCGCGUGCCGCUCGCACGCUGCCUCUCUGCUGGCCUCUGCCGAUGACUUUGGCAAAGUGCACUUGUUCUCCUUCCCCUGUUCUCAACCAAGGGCUCCCAGUCAGGAGUACGGCGGCCACAGCAGUCAUGUGACCAACGUGGCCUUCCUGCACGACGACAGUCGCCUGAUCUCCACCGGCGGGAAGGACACCAGCAUCCUGCAGUGGGCGGUAGUCUAGGCGGCGCCGCAUCCUCUGGACCACGUCACACUCCGGCCCCUCCCCCUUCUCUGUGCCUACCGGACAUUUGGAAGCAGAACCUCGCCCCGCACUGAAUGAAAUGAGCUGUAAUACGAGCAGAGUCCUGCUGGGGGCGCUACACGGGUCUCGAAAGUGAGUUUUUGGCUUGCUCCUGCUGGAAGCUGCAGGUGGUGACCCCACGCUCAGCAUCAUGUGUACCUGUGCCUGAUCUGUGUUCAUUUUAACCCCCUUUAACGACGACUACUGCAGCUGUUCCUCCAGAAUCCUCCAGAAUCCUCCAGAAUCCUCCAGUCCAGAUCAUGUUUCUGUUCACGUUUUUCAGGGUUCGGCUCUCAGAUUUAACUCAUGUGGGCGGACGUGGAGCUCGUUGAUGUGACGUGAGCGCGGUUUUAGAACCAAUCAGGGGUUCAGAGGUUGCUGUGAGCAUGCACUGGUUCUGUUUUCAAACAAUAGCAGGAAUGUAUUUAAAGCUUUCCCGAGAGCAUGAAUCCACAAACGUCCCUUUACUCUCACUCAAACAAACCUUCAUCUCCAAAACUUCCUCGAGGUGCUUGUAGGUGUUGCUCUUGAACGGUACUUUUAUCCGUGUCCCUUCUCUCCUGGGCUGCUGUGUUUGAUUGUAAUUCUCCUGCAGGGGCAGCAGAGGGCGCUGCAGCGUAAGGGAGUGAGCAUGGCUCAUGUAGAAACUCCUCUCAAAGGUCUCUAGAAGAAAUCUAUAUUAUGCAGUAUAUCUGAGUGGCUGUGUUACGUUAAUAUUUAACAAAGCUGGAUGUUAGUUUUGUGACACUGUUAGCAGCUGACAGAUCGGCCGUGUUGACGCUGAGCUGUCGGAGUACGCUGGAACUGUGAUUGUCUUCUUCUGUUUUGUUAAUAAAGCUUUUUAUCCAAAGUA